AUGAUUUUGCCACUAUAUGAAGACGCUUCAACUGGACUAAAAACCGUCACAAACUUUCUUCGUUUGAAUGGACUCGCUAAUAUAUACGACAGAAAACAACCGAUUGUAAUUAUCGCUAUUCAUGGAUGGCAACCAAAACUACUUCAAAAUUUUGUCAAAUUAGAUUCGCAUAAAUUUUGCGUGAGAAUGGCUCAAGCGAUCCGUCUAAAACUGAAUUUAGGUCCCAAUGAAGGCGAUAUUACGAGUAUUUCGUUGAACGGAUACGGAAUGAUUUUAAACCGACGAGAUGAUUUCUUGAAACAAAUACAAGGGAACAAGACGAAAUGCGAUAAAAUCAAGAAUGCUAAAAUUUUGUUUAUGGUUGGGCAUUCGCAAGGUGUUCCUGUUAGUGUUCUUUUAAUGGAUAAAUUGAUUGAAGUCGGAUUAGUCAAUCCUGAUCAUCAACAGAUUUGUGCUUGUUUGAUGGCGGGAAUUUCGCAAGGACCUGUUAAGAGAUUUGAUGUUGCAGAGAGACUUGCUCAAAUCCUCGAUGAUGACCAGUCAGCGGAAAUGUUUGCCUUACAAAGGUCUUCGUCGCCAAUAUCGCGGGCAUAUCGUGACGCUGCAUCCCACAUUCUGAAACGUGGAGUCAAGGUUUUAUAUUUGGCUUGUGGAAAUGAUGAAGCAGUUCCGCUUCAUUCGUCAUUAUACUCAAACAUGUAUCAUCCCUCGAUUAAUCGUGGGAUAUAUGUCGCCGGUUAUGUAUACAAACAAAAAAAAUUUGUGGCAGAUCUAGUAAGAAUUCUUCUCCGAAUUCGAAACAACAACCAUUCCGAUCAUGGUCUAUUGGUUCUCUUGAGUGAAGCUCUAAUUGGAUACCUAUGUGAUAAAGGACACUCAGAUUUGCACGAUGAACCCGAAACCUAUCAAUACGCAGUCGACCAUUUAUACCAUUCAAAAGAAUACAAAGGUAUCGACGUAAAAUUCACUGAAUUUGAUUACACGUUACCCGAAAAACCACGUAACAUCUACAUGGCAUGGGCAAUGCGCGGUCUAUUAUCCGACGAAAAGACAAUCAUUUCUGAGAAACUUAUCCCCGAUUUCAAAAACUUGCGAGAAAGCUUUAAAACUUGGUCGCCUCAUCCGCUUGAUUUGACUGCUAUUGAAUUAAAGUGUGACUUACAGCCAUUUGGAGAUGACACGGAGGAACAGUAUAUUAACGUGUAUCAGAAUUUUCUGACGGGAUAA